CGACCCACUUCGUACCCUUACAUCGACCAUUGCGAGUGAGCAAGGAGUAUAAGUAGGAUUUCACAAAGCACACAACUUCCAUUUUGAGCGACCUGCCAGAUUCUUUGCGUUCGCGUUUUCACUCAGGACCACCACCCUCCUCUUUCUUCUACUCCCAUCCUCCUCUAUAUCUCCCCCGUCCUCGCAAAACCAUGGCCGAUCAGUCUACGAUCCCUACUUUCAAGCUUGUGCUUGUUGGCGAUGGAGGUACUGGAAAGACCACUUUCGUCAAGCGCCACUUGACGGGUGAAUUCGAGAAGAAGUACAUCGCCACUCUCGGUGUCGAGGUGCACCCUCUGUCCUUCUCCACCAACUUCGGCACGAUCUGCUUCAACGUCUGGGACACUGCCGGGCAGGAGAAGUUCGGUGGUCUCCGUGAUGGCUACUACAUCCAGGGCCAGUGCGGUAUCAUCAUGUUCGAUGUUACCUCUCGCAUCACGUACAAGAAUGUGCCCAACUGGCACCGCGAUCUUGAGCGUGUUUGCGAGAACAUCCCGAUCGUGCUUUGCGGUAACAAGGUCGACGUGAAGGAGCGGAAAGUAAAGACUGGUCAGGUCACCUUCCACCGGAAGAAGAACAUCCAGUACUUCGAGAUCUCCGCGAAGUCCAACUACAACUUCGAAAAGCCCUUCCUUUGGCUUGCGAGGAAGCUUGUUGGUAACCCGGCGUUGGAGUUCGUUGCCGCACCCGCUCUCGCACCGGCUGAGGUCCAGGUUGACCCCGCUCUCAUGGAGCAGUACCAGAAGGAGCUUGCACAGGCCGAGGCUGUCCCUCUCCCGGAAGAAGACGACGACUUCUAAGCAUAACGAAUACGCUUUUCUCAUCGCUUCACCCUGGCUUAUCGCUCACACAUUUUGUGAUCCAUACUGUUCCAUAUACACAUUACAUUGCAAUCUGCUACCCCGAGAAUCGUCUUCCGUUACGACACCACUGUUAUGAAUAAUCGUGUAUGCCAAUCGCAGAGAGCGUCAUGUCACUAACGUACGGAGGUUGAUCGAAGCAUGUGUAUCGAAUCGAAUCUUUGUAGAAUCAAUUGAGGGGAGGUGAAUCAUGAUGCAGGAGCUCUGUAUGCAGACUUUAGGACGCAUAAGUCG